UAGUUUUGUAUUCCUCAGCAUUUGCAACCCUUUACACCUGUGCUGAAGUAUUUAGAAUCAGGAAAUGGUUAAAAGGUAUGGAGCGUUUUGAUGUGCAGGAAAUAUCAUGUUGCAGUGCAUAGAGGGAAUCAAUCGUUUAUUUGCUUCCCUACUGCGUUGCUGUGAUAUUGGUUUGUAUAAACAAUCAAGAGGCCUUGAAGAUCCUGAACUUCUUGCUAGAGAGACCGUGUUCACUGUUAGUGAAAUAGAGGCACUUGAUGAGCUCUUCAAGAAGAUCAGCAGUGCUGUCAUUGAUGACGGGUUGAUUAAUAAGGAGAAAUUUCAGUUGGCAUUAUUCAAGACGAACAAAAAAGAGAGCCUGUUUGCUGAUCGGGUACUCUUUAUCUCUCUCAACUUCUUGUUUCUGUCUUUUGUUAAAUGUGCUUCACUGUACUGUUGUUGCACGUAUCACUAGCACUUUGACCCGUCUAUUGAUAAAUAAUCACCACCCUGUAACUGCUGUCACAACAUUUCUGAUUUGCUGCAGGUAUUUGACUUGUUUGAUAACACAUUAAUUACUUCAAAGCAGCAAUUUUACCUAGUUAAAAACAAGCAUAAACGUAUUUACAUAAA